GCCCAUAGAACGUGUUACGCCGGACAAGGUGCUUCAGGUUAUGAAGCGGGUGGUGAGGUUGUUGGUGCUUGGCGCCGGCGUGACGAACUCCGGGCUGUCCGCCGCCGGUCAGACAUCCAUCCCCGGUUCUGCAACAGUGGGGGGUGCGCGCGCCAUGUCAGGCAUGGACCCUUCAGGGGCGGCGAGUGGGUCUUCGGGAAACCGUGGAACGAAGCCCCCUGCCAAGACCAAUAAGCUCGCCGAGGAUGGGCUAGAUAGGCAAGACUGUUCGUCGACUCUGCCCAUGUCUUGGUUCUGGCAACUCCUUCGUGUGGUGGCUGACGCUCGGGCACUCGCCGAUCAGAAACGUGAAGAGGACGAGAGGAGGCGGGCGGCGGAAGCUAAACGAGAAGUAGGGAGGAGGCAAGAGCUCCUGGACAUGAUGGCCCACGAGAGGGCAAUGCGGGAAGAUGAAAGGAAACACGACAGACAAGAGCGUGGAGUUGAGAAGGCGGCUGCACGGACAGAGCAAAAGGCAGAUCGGAGGAGGCAAGAGCUCCUGGACAUGAUGGCCCACGAGAGGGCAACGCGGGAAGAUGAAAGGAAACACGACAGACAAGAGCGUGGAGUUGAGAAGGCGGCUGCACGGACAGAGCAAAAGGCAGAUCGUGAUCACCAAAUCAGGAUGAUGCAACUCCAGGUAGACCUGGCGAAGGCGAAGGGGUAACUAGCUAGCUGGUUGGGUUGCUCUUGCUGCAGUUGCUAGGGCAUGCGUUGCAUGUGUUUUUUUUCUUUCAACAG